GAGUGGGUUCUCUGCAACUUUGGUCAUGAUUCCUGCAGAAAAAACCUGCAAAAACUGGAGAAUAUUAUGUUCUAAGAAACAAGUAAAGAGAAAAAAAACAGGGAGUUGAGGGGCUGAUUUGCGCAUGAAGUGGGUUGAGGGGGUGAUUUGCCACCAGUUGUUGAGUUCAGGGGCUGAUCUGCACCUUUUGCCAAAAACAAAACUCCAAACACGGUUGCUGAAUAGCCAAGCAGCGGCGGCAGCAGCAGGAGGUGGAGGAGGAGCAGAGAUGCAGAUCUUUGUGAAAACCCUAACGGGGAAGGCGAUCACACUCGAGGUCGAGAGCAGCGACACCAUCGACAAUGUCAAAGCUAAGAUUCAGGACAAGGGAGGUAUCCCUCCUGAUCAGCAGAGAUUGAUUUUUGCUGGAAAACAACUUGAGGAUGGCAGGACUCUUGCGGAUUAUAACAUCCAAAAGGAGUCAACACUUCACCUGGUUUUGAGGCUUAGAGGAGGAACCAUGAUCAAGGUGAAGACACUUACUGGGAAGGAAAUUGAGAUUAACAUUGCGCCAACUGAUACCAUUGAUAGGAUCAAGCAGCGUGUUGAAGAGAAAGAAGGAAUUCCUCGCGUGGAGCAAAGGCUGAGCUAUGCUGGCAAGAAGCUUGCCGAUGACAAGACAGCUCGUGACUACAACAUUGAAGGAGGCUCUGUGCUUCAGCUUGUGCUUGCAGGGAGAGGUGGGAAUAUUUAGAUAGUGCAUCAACAAAAAUAUUACAACUAUCUACAUAUUUUUCAUUAAACUGGAUGACUCUGCAUCUUAUGUGUGGAUGACUGAAGAGAAACAUGGUUUGACUAUAUUCUCCAGACUUGUUAUGAAUAUACUCUUGUUAUCAGUGCCUCUUUGAUCAAAUAUCUGCAACUCAUAUUGUGGCUUCAAUAUGUCUUAUAUUUGCUAAAUAUACUGUUGUCAUUGCCAUGUGUUUGUUUGUUUGUUACUAUUUAGGGUGGGCCUGCAGUUGCAUACAUGCAGGCCUUAGGCCUUCAAGGGAGCAAAAAUAAGUAUGGUGUUGCUGGGCUUGGGUUUUCACUUUUUGUUGGGGCCACUGUUCAAUUCAAUCGGCAAGGCCCAAAAGCAGAGAACCUAAAUCAAGAAUUCUCAGUGGGUAUGGUUUUCUUGAUUUCAUGCGUUUGGGUUACACUGUUUUUUAUUCCCAAAAUUGUUGAGCCUCUUAGGUCCUCAUUCAUCGUCUCAUCCCCACCCAGCGCCGCCUCCGC